AUUUUGUCACAACCAACUAUUAAUGAAUUAGUUUAUAUAUCGAUUUUAAAUACUAAUAAAUUAAAGAAUUCAAGGGUAAAAAAUAAUUAAAAACUACAUAACAUUUAUUUUUCAGAAUUUUUAACAAGUAUUGCAACCUUCAAAAAAGUGGCGAAAAUAGAGGCCAAGCUGUUUUCUUCAUUGAAUAAUUUUUUUAACACGUCACCUAUUGUCACUCAAAUUAAAGAUUUGAUGACAAGGCAGACCACGUUGCCAGAUCAACCGACAAAUGGCAGAAUUUCAUCAAUGGAGGAAACGCAAAGAAGAUGCACUAUAUUUCGUGAAAAAAAUGAUGAGCUAGCUUAGAAUACGAUGCUAUCGUCGAAACACAGCGGCGUAUCAAAAAGUCAAAUGAAAGAGUUUCGUGAAGCAUUUCGUCUUUUUGACAAGGAUGGAGAUGGUUCGAUCACCAAGGAAGAGCUAGGGAGGGUUAUGAGAUCUCUGGGACAGUUUGCUAGAACUGAAGAGCUACAACAGAUGCUCCAGGAAGUUGAUGUAGACGGUAAAAGAAUAUCACUCAAGUUUUCACCUCAAAAACUCACUGUUGAUAUCCUUUAGGUGAUGGUAACGUAAGCUUUGAAGAGCAGAGAUAAAGAAGGUUAGAGAAAGCUUUCUCUCUUUGUCUUCAAGAGAAUUGUAUUUUAAGCGCGUCCCAAAUACAUUGUUUUUUGGCAGGAUAGAAAUCUGUAAUUUUUUUACCCGGUAAAUUUAAUUAUAUUGU